CUGCACCGCCCACCCAGUUUUGCCUGCUGUCUUUAUUAUAUUGGCUUUGUGUUCUGGACUAGUUAUCAUUGUCUUUUCUUAAACUUGUUUUUUCUCGUAAUGAGAUAUUUCUCAGUAAGAGAAAAUAGUCCAGUUUUUUAAUUAAUGCAGUAGUUUUUGCUUCAAAGACAGGAGAUAAUCGUCAACACGUUCUUGGACUGCUGGACUUUGUUCUUGAAAAUUCAGGCUUCUGGAAUUCUGGUUCUUUAACUGGUUGAGCUGACACCCUGCAUGAGAUCAGUAGUGGUGAAUUUCUCUUUCUCCCUUUCAGCUAAUAUCUUUACCUUAGUCAGAGAUGAUGACUUGGCUUUUGCUUGCACUUCUGUGUUCCAUCCAAAUACCACUGGCUCCAGGUGUCAUGGCACAAGACGAAGAACAAAGCAAUUACCAGCAUGACAGUGCAGAUGAAAAUGUGGAAUAUGCAUAUGGUGCCGAUGAGGAUGAUGAGGUGGGUGACAGCAAAGCAAAAAGAAUCACUGAGGAUGACAUUGAGAGUGAUGAUCAAGAUGAUCAUCUUGAAUAUAAUCAUGGUGAGAGUGAUGAUCAUGAUGAUAAUUAUGAUGAAGAUAGCAGUGAUGAGGAAUACGCUGCAAAUGAUGAUAGCAGUGAUAACGAUCCGGAUGACAGUGAUGAACCUGACAGUAAAGAGAAUGAUGAUGAUGAUAAUGAUCAUCACAGUGAUAAUAUAGAUAACAAUGAUGAACCUGAUGACAGAGCGGAUAAUAAUGAUCUAGAUGACAGUUAUGAAUCUGAUGACACAGAGGAUAAUGAUGAUGAUGAAAAUGAGGAUCACACUGAUAAUCUGGAAGACAGUGAUGAACCUGAUGACAGAGUGGAUGAUGAUGAUAAUCUAGAUGACAGUUAUGAAUCUGAUGACAGAGAGGAUAAUGAUGAUGAUGAAGAUGAGGAUCACACUGAUAAUCUGGAUGACAGUGAUGAACCUGAUGACAGAGAGGAGGAUGAUGAUGACCACACUGAUAACAAUCUGGAUAUUGGAGAUGAAACUAAUGUCAGAGGGGACAAUGAUGACAACGAUAAAGAUGAUGAUGUUGAUCACAGUGAUAACAAUCUGGAUGACAGUGAUGAACUUGAUGACAGAGAGGAUAAUGAUGAUAAUGAUGAUGAUCAUGAUCUAGAUGACGGUUAUGAACCUGAUGACAGAGAGGAUAAUAAUGACGAUGAUGAUGAUGAUGAUCACAGUGAUAAUCUGGGUGACAGUGAUGAACCUGAUGACAGAGAGAAUAAUGACGAUGAUGAUUAUCACAGUGAUAAUGAUCUAGAAGAGCAUGAGAAAGAUGGAAAUGAUGAUGGGACUGAUAACAUCACAGAUGAACAUCAAAAUACAGAUGGCCGUGAUGACAGCAGUAAUGAAGAAGGUGAUGCCACCAGUGAUAGAGAUGAUUCUACUAACAGAGAUGACCAUGAACAGCACCAAGAAGCUCUCCAUAGUGACGAUCAAGACAAUGGAGAGGACAAUGGUGUGCAUGGACACUAUCAGGAGGGAUCUAUUUGUAGCUACUGUUCGCUCUGUAAGCACUGUGAUGUCUGUAAUAAAUGCCCAUGUGAAGAUGGAGACGACUCAGAGCACUGCAAACACUGCCAGUCAUGUUACUUCUGCCAAGCUUGUCCUUUAAUAUGUGAGACAAUUUGUGAACCCGGGGGCUACAUUGAUGAAUUGUCUAGAUCGCUCUACCAGACAAUAGCUAAAGCUUAGGAGCGGCCUGGACACCGAACCCCAAUCGUCACUGUAUGACUGAAGAAAAAAACACAUACUCUCAUCCUGGGAAUUUUAUUAAUGAUCAUUAAAAUAAAUUCAGGGUUUGGCA